AUGAAUGCUUCUUUUUCACUUCCCCAUCCUGAUUCACAGUCGGAAAGUCGCAACCGAUCCACUGUCAUCUGCACCUAUCUUCUCCGCAUCUCUGCCAGGCUGACUGGCGUGGUCCUCUGCGUAUUAAUUCUCGUGCCAUUGGUUACUGUUUCCUUUGUACUUGUCUCCCAGCGAAAAUCGCACUCUUGUCUAGCUUCAGGCCAUGCUCUUGUUCAUCACUACAACAUCAUCUAUUCAUUAUAA